CGGACGUCUGCCUUCGGUGGUUUGGUGUGUAAGGUAGAGAAGGGUUCGAGGGAGACUGGCGUCUUAUUCCCGGACCUAGUGGCGGGCUGCCGGUCUGGCUCUCUGGCCAGACGGCCAUGGGAGCGGAGAGCAGUGCGGCGAGGACCCCCCGUCUGGAAGAGCCGCCGGUAACCUUGCCCGGUGGUCUCAGCGUUUACCGAGCGACGCUGGACGAAGAACAGCUGGCAUCCGUGUUCGUCUAUCAGCGGAGUAACGAGGACACUGUCAACAAGGCCGCUAAGCAUCUGAAAACCUUGCGUCACCCAUGCCUGCUGAGGUUCUUAUCGAGCACAAUUGAAGCUGAUGGCAUCCACUUGGUUACUGAGCGAGUGCAGCCCCUGCAUAUGGUGCUGGAAGAUGUCUCUGCAGAUGAGAUCUGUGCUGGAAUUUAUGACAUCCUUCAAGCACUUAUUUUCCUCCAUGACCGGGGGAAACUGAGCCACAAUAACAUAUGUAUUUCAUCUGUGUUUGUGAGUGAGGAUGGUCACUGGAAGCUGGGAGGAAUGGAGACAAUGUGUCAUUUCUCUCAAGCAUCUCCUGAGUUCCUGUCCAGUAUCAAGUCAUUGAGAGAUCUGAGUGGAAUAGCUCCAGAGGAACAGUCCUCAGGUUUUCAGAUUCUUCCUGAAUCGCAUGGACAUGCCCGAGAUGCUUACUCAUUUGGGAUGAUGGUUGCAAAACUCCUACCUUUGCUUAAUGAUAUGGUUGCAGAACAUUUGCUCGCAAAAUUCCAGGAAACUUUAAAUGCCACUCUUCUUAACCCAGACCCGAUGCAACGGCUAUGUUUACGUAGUUUAUUGUCUCAUGCAUUCUUCAGCAGGAAUGAAUUCUUGGAAAUUGUAAAUUUCUUACAAAGUUUGACACUAAAAACUGAAGAAGAAAAGAAUGAGUUUUUCAAAUUUCUGUUGGAUCGAGUCCAGGCCUUGCCUGAAAGUCUUAUGGCUUCUCGUCUGGUGCCACAAUUGCUAACUCCACUGGUCUUUGCAGAACCAGUGGCAAUCAAAAGCUUUCUUCCUCACCUCCUCAGGCCAAAGACAGAUGCAUCUGGUGAUGAAUUCAAUUGCCUCCUGUCACCCAAUGCCUUUCGAGAGCAUGUGAUCCCUGUUCUGUUGAAACUCUUUAGCGUGCGGGAGGAGCAUGUACGAAUGGUGCUCUUGGCUCACCUAGACACUUAUGCAGAUCUUUUCUCACUUGAAGACCUACAAGAAAUUAUUCUUCCACAGAUAUUGUUAGGACUGAGAGAUACUAGCAACACGCUGGUAUCAGGAACACUUUCCAGCCUUGCAGUAUUGGUGCCACUUCUUGGAGCUGAGGUGGUAGUUGGAGGUGAAAGAGCAAAGAUCUUCAAACGGGCCACACCCAACUUCAAAUCAACUGAGAUAACCCCUGAAGGUUCCCCUACACAUGUGAUCAACAGUAAUGAACAUCUCAGUACACUGGCUUUAAGUAAUUCUGUCAAACCAUUUUCAAAGAAGUUGGAAUUGGAGAAGAAGCGUACAACUGGGAGGGAGAAAGUCCGAGCAAACUUCUCUGAAAAUCCCCAGCCUGCCAAGUUUCAGCUAUUGACAACACAAGCCCAGUAUAAAGAACAAGCAGCCAUAAUGUCCAUUAUUGGUAAUCACAGGAAUGAAAUUUUGGGCGUUGAUAGUGCACAAAGCUCAAUGCACACCCACAAAUGUGCAGAAGAUUGGCCAGACUGGAGCAAGCCAGACAACAAUGAAAUACUGCUUGAGUCUAAAAAAGAUUGCAUUCUUGCAGAAAACAAUUUUGGGAAUAUUACAUUGGAUGACGAACCAUGGGAUAACUUUGAAACUGAAAAUGGUCAAUCUAAUGCAAUAACAGAGGAACAGGCAGUUAAACCACAUAUAUCUAAUUUAUCUCCUUUUGGGAAUAAAUCUCAGUCUAAGGGCAUGAAACUUUCUUCAGCACUGAAAAUCCAUUCAGAAAUGCCUGGUGAGAGUUGGAAGAAUAACUGUAAACAGCACAAGGUUUUGGUAGAAGAAAAGAAAAAAACAAACUCUAUUACACAGAUACCCUCCAGGCAGAGGACCACAAUAAAGAAAGCAUCUUUGCAUGAUGAGCUGGGAGAGGAAUUCACCAUUAGUGUCAAGAAACGGCCAGAGAGAGACCCUGAACUAGAUCUCUUUGCUGAUAUGAUACCGGAUAUUAAACUGUCUUCCACUGGCUUGUUAGUGCCAACACAGGGAUCACAAUUGGCUGGUUCUGCCAAAGAAACUGAAGUAGCUUCAAGAGGUACAGAGGUGUUGACAGACAGAGACAAUUCACAAACUUUAGCACUUGCAUCAAAGUUUGCUGCAACAGACACAGUUGAGAUGGAAACCGAAGGCUGGGAUGAUGAUCUGAACUGGGAGGACAAUACUUGGUAGAAAACAUUUACCAAGCAAAGAUUUAUUUAGAUACUUAAAUUUCCUUCCCCUCUAAUAAUAUGUUUUGACCUCACCUUUAAGGCCAUUGCCAAGCAGCUAAGCUUUUGUUCUGUGCAGUAAAUAUCCAAUAUAGCUAGCUAGAAUAAAAAAUGGAGUCUGAAGUACCCAGAGAGCAAUGAGGAACUACCCAGCAGCAUCAAGCUGUUUGCUUGUUAGUGUUUACUGUAAGUUAUUUUAGAGAUGUCUGUUAACUCUUGUGAAGAUGUUUUAUUCAAAUAUUAUAUGGGGGGGGGGGGGAGAGAAGUAAGUUAUACUGGUGGUUUCCGUCUGGCCUACAUUUCCAUCUGUGGAAAGUUCUAAACAACUGAUCCAAUGCAAAACAAAAGUCCAGUUCUGAUUUUGGUGUUAAGUACUGAGAAUGACAACUUACAGUUAUGAAUCUACAUUUCACCUUAAAUACAAUAUAAAGUUGGAACUCAUCUCACUUGAUAUGGGAAUAAAGGAGAGAAAUUUCCCAGAGUUCAUCUGAUUCAGAAGUCACACACUGGUUAGAGUCGGUGUGAAAAUGAAGCCACUAAUGAUAAAUACUAAAUUUGGAGGUGUAUCUUUUCAAUAGCCUUAACAAUGUAUUGACCAACUUGGAGCAAAAUCUUGCAACUAUUUACAGUAACCUUUAUUUGAAAUGUACCUCCUAUAAAAUGAAUUUUAAUGUAGCAACAUGAGCACCUAAAGACUCAUGGUACAGAAGGGAAAGUCAAAGGUGGAAGAAAAAAGGUGAAUUUUCAAGCCCUGUAUUGCAGCAAGGUUAAAACUUCCUCCAAUAAACAUCAGUAACCUAAUUCUCAAAUCUUGUGGUAUUACGAUCUGGUAUCAAAAUUAUAACUAUAAAAACACGACUUUCUGGGCAACUGCUUUUCAGGACAUUGCCAGAUAACCACAAAUUUUAAAAUGUUUACUUAAGGCCCCUUUACAUUCUGGAAUGCCAAAUAAAAAACUUAAAUCAAGGGCUUAAUCUGUUUCACGCUCUUCAUAGGUGAGGGACAUUGGAGAUCUUAAUUACAUUUUGUUUUAUAAUUGUGGUUAUUUAGUUUUGUUGAUUUACAUUGAGAAAAUAAAUUCUUCUAAACGAAGAUUUGGGUGUAUUUUCUGAAUGUGGAUACUGAAAGGAGAAAUUGAUCACUGAAGUUAAGGUUAACAAUUAGCUCUCAUAGAAAAAACUACAUACUAGAAAGGGAUUCUUUUUUCAGUAGCUAUACAAGCCUGCUUUCAUGGAAGUUUGACCCAACCACCUUCACUAUCUGGCUGCUGGACUUUGGAAUCUUGUACUUGGGCCUAAGAGAUGGGCAUUGAAGUAAUCUGGUAUUGGCACCAUAAAAAAAAAGGAACAAGGUAAAACAUUGGCCUUGCAUUAUUAUGGUACAACUUUAAAUUGUGUUAGAUUGAAACUUCUUGAUUGGUGGAUAUCAAAUAAAGGUGAAUGGACUUAACCUGGAAACUGCUCAAAUUUUGUAAGUAAUUAUCUGAUUAUAGGCAGAAAGAUACUUGCUAAUAAGAAACUAAGUGAUAAUGAGAGUUUAAAGUAUGGAGGGAAAAGAUUUGCCUCUUCUGUGAUACAAUGAACUAAAAAUUGGAAUCAUGUUAUGCCUUAAAUGUUGUGUUGUGAUUUCCAAAAAACCAAAGAGUACUUUUACUAUUCCUUUAUGGGGAAAUUCUGAAUAAAUACCUUGUUUUGAGUUCAAGGAAUUAAAACUGAGUAUAACGCAAAAUGCACAAAAAAAGAGCACUAUUUAUUUAAUUAUUUAAACAUAACUGUUUAUAAUUUGAAAUUUUACACACAACUUAUGAAAAUAUCAUACAUGAAACUAAUUUCAUGUUUAUUGUAAUCACUAACCAAAAUGGCCAUCAAAUACAGACCUAGGAACUGAUUCACCAGAAAAUUGAAAGUGAAUGUUGGUAUCGUAAUUCUGUUCCUGAAAGUACUGGGAAGAGUAACUGUAAUCUCACUUCCAUUUCUUACUUUGCUUAUCCUUCUGUUUAUCUGAUAUUUGAAUCAGUGGUUGUGUACUUUGCAAUAUUACCUUGGCCCUGAUUGCACUACUUUAAAUUAAGUAUGUAAUCAUUUCUAUUAAAUUCUAAUGACACAGGCUGUUUAUGUUACAGCAUGGCUGUGUUGCAAACCAUUGCCUGAGGAUGUAGUUACAAAAUACCAUUUGACUUACUUAAAUAUAUGUGUUAACACUAAAGGUUAAUAUAUUGAGUACACUGAAUGAAACACUUUCAUGAAACAGCAAAGUAGGAAAUAUUUUCCUGAGUGAUCUGAUUCCUUAAAUGUAAUUCAUCCUCAGUACCCCGGCUCCUGAUAUUAAUGCCUAAUAGUGAUCAUUUGCAAAACCAGAAUUUCUCACACCAAAUGGUCUUUGAAUUUAUGUAAUGUAUUGAGGCACUGGACUCAAUUAGUAACUAGUUAAAAGCAGAAGUAAUUUGCAUGUAUUUGGAGAGGUAACGAUCCUUCUCUUGUAAUAUACCAAAUUAGACUAAUUUCAGUUUCAAGUCAAUUGAUUCUUUCUCUAAUUGUAGAAAGUUGAGCCCCAGGCUGAAAUUGCUGUUAUGAAAGAUGAUUUUGUAAAAAUUAGUAUGUUCAAAUGUAUAUUUUUGUACAAUUAAAGAUCAUUUUAUAAAAGAUACUUAACAGUCUAAACACUGAUAGUUUUCUACUCAUUAUAAUAGAGAAUAUUCAACACGCUUCAAUUUUAAAUGUCUUGAAUAAUGGAGUAUUUUUACCCAAAGGUGAGAAUAUAAGAAGAAAUAGUGCAUCAUUUUAUCUCCUCACUGAUUUACCUCCAAAAUACACUGAAAAACAACUGCUGUGAUUCUUAGAGAUAACCUUCUGAUCAACAUGAUCAAACAGUCAUUUGGGCAAUUGAGUGCAUCAGUGGUUCAUGAUCCAACUUAUCUGUUCCCUUUGUCACUGGGCGGUUAUCUUGAUUAUGUUACUACAGAAAGAUGAAACUAUUGUCCAGUAAUAUGACCAUAAAAGAGUAGUUUUGCUAUGUGAUAUAUUUUCCUUCAGCUUACUGUUGUAGAAAGGCAAAUCAAAAAUAUCUUGUUAUAAUAAACAAGUUUAUUAGUAUUG